AUGAUCCGGAACGGGCACCGGGCAACAGGCGCCGAGGACCGGCCGGGCCCGGAGGGCCGGCGCGCCGUGCGGGUGUGGUGCGACGGCUGCUACGACAUGGUGCAUUACGGCCACUCGAACCAGCUGCGCCAGGCGCGGGCCAUGGGCGACUACCUCAUCGUGGGCGUGCACACCGAUGAGGAGAUCUCCAAGCACAAGGGCCCCCCCGUGUUCACCCAGGAGGAGAGGUACAAGAUGGUGCAGGCCAUCAAGUGGGUGGAUGAGGUGGUGGCCGCAGCACCUUACAUCACCACACUGCAAACGCUGGACAAGUACAACUGUGACUUCUGUGUUCACGGCAACGACGUCUCGCUGACCGUGGACGGCCGGGACACCUACGAGGAGGUGAAGCGGGCGGGGAGGCACAGGCUAGAGUAUGAAGCACGGAACCAGAAGAAAGAGGCCAAGGAGCUGGCUUUCCUGGAGGCUGCGAGGAGGCAGGAGGCGCGGCAGGUGGAGAGUGACUGUGAUCUCUGACCCCAAGGGGGAGGUAGCCAGCUGCACACCCACUCUGCUUCCCAUGACUUAGAGCCCCAAACGUCACUCUGCGAAGCCGAGGGGCUGCCUUGCUCACACACCCUGUCCCCAGGCCGUCUGGGGAGAUGCUGCCCCCAGCCACCUGCUCGGCCCCUCCCUGCCGAACUUCGCACAGAGGGCCUGGAGGCCGCAGUGGGAGUCGGGCACCUUGGACCAGAGGUGCUGCUCCCGGUGCCGGGAAGGCCAGUGUCCACCCUCACUUGGCUCUGGCCCCCCAGAGGCUCCUGCAGAGCCGCUCAGAGCCUGGGACAGGCCUGUGCUUUGCUGCCUGGCCCCGCUGCGGCAUGGGGGCAGGUGGCACUCCAGCAUGGCGAGGGGCUCCAGGGGAGAGGGGUCUCCUCCCAGCAGGCCCUGCCAUGCCCCAGGCUGGUGCCCCUCCAGGAGCCACCCCACUUCCUUGCCGCCUCACUACUCUGUACAGACUUUCUAGUCCUGGUUUUGUGCCUGACUCCCUGCUGGUGGGGUCUGUGCUGCAGCUGAAUAAACCAC